AAAUUUUCAAAUCAAAAGUAGCUUAGCUUUGUCGAGGCAGUUACUAUUGCUGCUUGAUACCUUUUACUCGGAAGGAAAUAAAAUUUUAAAUAUAUGAAGCAUAACUUCUUUUUACUUUCAUAAUGAGCCAAAUUGAAAAGUCGAGAUUGACCCAACCGCGUCUGGUCAAGUCUGUUAAACCCAAAGUGGAUGGCCAGGUAUUCACCUGCCAGUUUGAGGUUUUCGGCAAAGUUCAGGGUGUCUAUUUCCGGAAGCACACUCAAAAAAAGGCCAAAGAACUAGGCCUCACUGGAUGGUGCAUGAAUACUAAAGCUGGAACCGUAAAGGGCAUGCUAGAAGGAUCUCUGGAAAAAGUCACCGAGAUGAAAUACUGGUUACAGCACAAGGGUAGUCCCCGUUCGGUGAUUGAAAAAGCCAUUUUCUCCGAAAAUGAACCUCUACCUUCCAACAACUUCAAUCUGUUCUCAAUUCGCCGCUAAAGAUUUCACAAAAUUCAAGUAAAAUGUUUUAUAUUUUUAAGAGAGAGUAUGAAAUAAACAAGUUGACAUUCUGAAUACCAAAACAAUUGUUGGCAGAUGGACAAAGUUGGCCAAAAUA